AUGACAAAGCUUCUCAUAACACUGCAGUUCUUGGGGAAAGGGGAAUUCUAUAGUGAGGGUGGACUUGUACAUGGCGUCUCCAGAAGCACUGUAUGUGUAUCUGUUUGGCAAGUUGUAGACGCAAUUAACCAGCGUGUCAACAACAUCAAGUUCCCUACCACCCAGGCUGACCUGGCUUCUAUUAAACAAAAGUUUUAUCAGGUAGCAAGAAUGUCAAAUUGCAUCGGAGCUGUAGAUGGAACAUUAAUCCCCAUCAUAGCGCCAAGAGUAAGGGAAGAUAUAUAUAUGUGUAGAAAAGGAUACCAUGCAAUAAACGUGCAGGCAGUAGUGACACCCGAUAUGAGAUUCACUGAUGUGGUCGCUCAGUGGCCGGGGUCUACACACGACAACACCAUAUUUGAGAACUGUGGCCUGAAGGCAUGGGUCGAGGAAAAUAAUGUUGGUUGGCUGAUUGAUUACGCGGGUUAUGCCCUGAAACCUUACAUGCUCACACCAAAGAUCCGGCCUACAACCCAACAGGAAAAUGCAUUCAACUUGGCAAAAAGCCGUACCAGAAUGGUAGUGGAAAGAGCGUUUGGUUUGUUGAAGUCGAGAUUUCGGUAA